ACGUUAGUGUCGGGCGCGGGCGACGUGAUUACGUUAGCGUCGGGCACUGGAGCAUUGAAGUGAGCCUGAACCCGCAGACUUAGAAAACUCCAGUGAACCUAAGCAUGGCGGGCACUGGUUUGGUAGCCGGGGAGGUUGUGGUGGAUGCGCUGCCGUAUUUUGAUCAGGGUUAUGAAGCGCCUGGUGUUCGCGAAGCGGCUGCGGCGUUGGUGGAGGAGGAAACUCGAAGGUACCGACCUACGAAGAACUAUCUAAGCUACCUGACGGCCCCGGAUUAUUCUGCUUUUGAGACAGACAUAAUGAGAAAUGAAUUUGAAAGACUGGCUGCUCGACAACCAAUUGAAUUGCUCAGUAUGAAAAGGUAAGUCCUAUUCUUGGUUCGGCUGGGCUCAGAUC